CGGGGAGGAAAGCGCCAAGUUUUCCUGCAGAGAAGCUGAAGCUAUUCUUUAACAGCCAAAACCUAAGCGAAAACUAAUUUGAGAAAAGGAGUUUUUGGAGAGAGGAAGACUUAAAAACAACAACAACAAAAACAAAGGAUCUAUCCCAGGUCAGACGUCUUGUGUCUUAACUCCCAGUGGUCUGUGGUCCUCUGCCAGUGCUGAAAAAUGAGUCUGAGCUCCAGUGAUUUGGAGGACCUGUGGGAGUCGUGGGGGUAUCUCAACCUUUCUGAAGGCAUUGGCAACCUAUCAGGUGUGGAUGCAACAAUAUGUGUCACCGCGUUCAACCGCAGCGCACUGCUCUACUGCAUGUGUGUUCUCUACACGUUUAUCUGCAUCGUUGGUCUGGCUGCUAAUGCUCUGGUCCUCUGGGUCAACAUUUGUCGUCAAAGAGACUCCACUCCCCGCCACGAGACACAUAUGUACAUCACCCACCUGGCAGUCGCAGACCUGUGUGUGUGUCUCACUUUGCCUGUGUGGGUGAGCUCACUGUACAAGCACGGCCACUGGCCCUUUGGUGAAGUGGCGUGUAAAUUCACACACCUGAUGUUCUCUGUCAACCUCUUCAGCAGCAUCUUCUUCCUGGCAUGCAUGAGUGUGGACCGCUACCUAAGUGUGAUGCGGCAUGGAGACAACGAGGGAGGCACGCGCAGGAAGCUAAUCCGCCCAGUAGCAUGUGUGGGGGUGUGGCUUCUGGCUCUGGUUGCCUCCUUGCCAGACACUUACUUCCUGCGUACUGUGAAGUCAUCCCAUGGGGACACCGUGGUGUGCAGGCCUGUGUACCCAGAGGCAAACCCCAGGGAGUGGAUGGUGGGAGUGCAGCUGAGCUUCACCCUGCUGGGCUUUGUUCUCCCCUUCCCAGUUAUUGCAGUGUUCUAUGCCCUGCUAGCCAGAGCUUUCAAUCGCUCAUCUUCUUCUUCAUCCUCCAAAUUAGAUCAGGAGCGUCGUGUGAGCUGCAGGGUGAUCCUGGCUUACAUCGUAGUUUUCCUGGGAUGCUGGGGGCCGUACCACGGCGUCCUCCUGGCUGAUGCCCUCUCUCAGCUGGGUCUGGUGCCUCUGACCUGUGGCCUGGAGAAUAUGAUCUAUGUGGCUUUACACCUGACUCAGUGCCUGUCCUUGCUCCACUGCUGUUUCAAUCCCAUCCUCUACAACUUCAUCAACAGAAACUACCGUUAUGACCUCAUGAAGGCCUUCAUCUUUAAAUACUCCACAAGGACGGGCUUGGCACGCCUCAUUGAGACAAACAACAUGUCCGAUGCUGAGUACUCUGCUGUAGCUGUAGACAACCCACCAUUGAUCUGAAUCUACUCUAUGAUCAUUUUUUGAACACUGUUGCUAAAACUAUGACUAUAAUGCAAUGUAAACAUAUGUUACAGCUGAUUUGUCGUUAUCACAAUCUAAUCACAAUAUGCUUUAUAUUAAAUGGCAAUGAAAAGACAGAAAAGAAAGCAAUUGUCUUUACAGAGGAGGUAACUAGAAAAUUGUGAAGUUGUGAAUAACGACUUUGACGGACUGAUUGAAAAAGCACUUAAGUUGUAUUACAUGGAGCUGAAACUGAAAUCAUAUAAAUAUCGUUACUCAUUUUUAAAGCCAAAAUAAUGACUAUGUGUAGGACUGUAUUUUGUUUGUGUCUGUAAAUCUGCCAUUGGGUUUGAGGGAAGCUAAACAAAAAAUCCUCCCUCGACUUUGUGUAUAAUCUGAUGGGCAUUGAUAGUAUUAGCAGAGUAAUAUUUUUAAUCUUUCAAGUUGUAUUUAUGUAUGUUUUAGCUGUUUUUUUUUCCUCUUUCAUGUUGUAAUUCAUACACUGAUAUCUGCGGAUUGCUCCACUUCAUACAAUGCUGCCUCAUCAUUUUAGUCACUCCACUGACAGGCUCAGUAUUCAAGUCCUGCUGUCUUAUUAUUAAUCAUAACCUUUUGUCACAUCAGUUCAAUCCUUCAGAUAAUUAAUAUAAAUCAAUUUGGAGUUGUUGCAUGCAGCUACAGUCGUUGAAUUAUCUAGUGAAUGUGUGUUCUGUGGGUCAUACUUCAACAUUUUGGGGAAUUAUGCUCAUUUUCUUUCUUGCUGACAGUUAGACAUGAAGCUACAGCUGGCUUGCAGUUGACAUAGCUUAGCAUAAAGACUAGAAACAAAGGGAAACUGCUAGCCAGGCUGUGUUAUUCCGUCCUUCAACAUCCCCUACAAAUAAUUUACAGUGUAAAUCAACUUUAGAGUUUUAUUUUCAUUUUUUAAAUGUCCAAAAUGUUGUGUGAAUGCUUCAACUGGGACCACUGAGAUUGAGCUGUAUCUCCCGUAUCCUCUGAAAUGUACAGUAUGAAUACUGUACUGUCUCGUUGCUUUGUAUCAUCAAAUGAUAAACAUAUUUAUGUGGUUUUAAUCCUGCUGUGUCAAGCACAUAGACCACAGACAGUUAAGACAUUUAUGACCAAAUACAGACUGAAAAGCUUUAUUGCGCUCAUGUACUGAAGGCUGCAGCUGUGAUGUGCAACAACCAAGUGUUUAUUAGGGACCAAAUAACAAAAACGUCACUGCAUAUCUUUGAAAGUUGUGUGCAUGUGCGUGCAUGUGCGUGUGUGGAUCCGUGUCACCGCUUGACACUAAGAGACAAAUGUUUUAUGUGUCAUAAACAUUGAGUUACAUAGUUUUCUUACUGUCUGUUUUAGGAAGAAACACACUCGUUUGAUAUGCUGACAUAGAGCUCAUUGUGUCAUGUGAUUGGUUACACAUGUAUGCUUUUACACUGACUUACUAUGCGAUUAGAAAAGACAUGAGACACAAGCAUAUGUCUGCAAGAACAGAGGCAUUCCUUUGGUAUUGUAAUGUGUAACAUGUGUUUUGUUAUGUAUUAAAUAUGGAGAAAAUG